UAACUCUGUUGCAGAGGACAUCUUUAAAUUCUAAAGCUUGGAAAUGACACUGCUGAGCCACACCAUGGUGCUUCUGCUGUGGAUGAGCUGUACUGCAUGUAAAGCUUCUGCAGGAGCAGUCUGUGAAGACCCACCUCUCGUUGACUUUGGAGAAAUUGUUAGUGGGCAUAAAUUGGGAUAUAAGGAAAAUGACAGAGUGCAGUAUACGUGCAACCCUGGAUACACUUUAUCGGGAUCAGAAUGGGUAACGUGCCAUGAAAAGAUCUGGACACCUAGACCACCACAAUGUUUGGCACCAUGUACCAUUACAAAACAGCAACUGGAGGCCCAAAACCUACUUCUCUCCAGUGGACAAAGACGCACAUUUUUGAUUCAAAGUGGUCAGUGGCAAAAAUUUAUGUGCGUAACAGGAUUUAAACUCACAGCUUCUUCUAUCGAGCAGUGUUUUAAUGGGCACAUCAAGCUUCCUUCCUGUAUUGCAGAAAGUCUGUGUUUGCCACCACAACCCGUAGAAUGUGCUGAAGUUCUUAGGCUGGAAAAUCAAAGCUUACAAAUUAAAAAGGAAGGGAAAACAUAUUAUCUGGCUGGUACUAGAUUUAAGUAUGUUUCUCGUUCUGGAUACAUGCUAGAUGGACCAUCAGAGAUAACUUGUUCUAUGGGAAACUGGACUUCGGCUCCUGCGUGCUUGGAAAUGCCGUGUGGAAGUAUUCCAAAAGUUGCCAAUGCUCAAACUGAAGGCAGAAACAAGGAAAUUUAUGAGCCUGGUGAAACAAUUCGCUACCAGUGUGAUGCAGGCUUCCUGAUUGUUGGUCCCCCCGAAAUUAUUUGCAGAGAAGGAAACUGGACAGCACCGCCCAUCUGUGAAGACGUCAGCUGUGGAGCCGCACCUGAAAUUCCCAAUGCCCGUAUGACAAGCACUCAAGAGGAGAGGUACCUGCCCGGUGCCAGACUGCAGUAUGAAUGUGAAAGCAAUUUUCAAAUGACGGGUGGAAAUUACGUCACUUGUACAAAUGGAGAAUGGACACAAGCGCCAACCUGCAGAGAUGUGACGUGUGAACCUCCUCCAGAAAUUGCUGGCGGCAAAGUAGAAGGUGUUAAAAAGUCAAGGUACUUGCCUGGGGAGAGUGCUCGCUACCAGUGCUGGAAAGGUUUUGAGAUGACCGGGGCUUCCAACAUAGCGUGUCAGAAUGGGACCUGGACAGAGCUGCCAAAGUGCAAAGGGAAAGGUGGGAAAUGUGGCCCACCUCCAGUUAUUGAAAACGGAGACCUCCUUUCCUUCCCCAUGCAAGAAUAUCCACAAGGUACAAUUCUGGAAUACAAAUGCCCAAGUCUCUACGUCCUGGAAGGCUCCCAGUAUAUCACUUGUACGGAUGGGCAGUGGACAAGCCCCCCAGUUUGCCUGGUGGCCUGUACAGCAUCUGAAGAAGACAUGAGCAGAAACAAUAUUGAGCCGAAAUGGAUAAUAGGAAGAAAGUUGUAUGCCAGCUCGGGUGACUUCAUUGAAUUUCGGUGUAAGAGAGGCUACAUGGAGCACCCAGCAUCUCCCCCUUUCAGAGCACAGUGUAUGGAUGGGACGAUACAAUAUCCACAGUGUAGUGCAGGAGUGGCCUGUACAGCAUCUGAAGAAGACAUGAGCAGAAACAAUAUUGAGCCGAAAUGGAUAAUAGGAAGAAAGUUGUAUGCCAGCUCGGGUGACUUCAUUGAAUUUCGGUGUAAGAGAGGCUACAUGGAGCACCCAGCAUCUCCCCCUUUCAGAGCACAGUGUGUAGAGGGGACAUUAGAAUACCCACACUGCAAGCCGGGAAAGAACUGUAUGGUGCGUGAGAGGAUUAUGGAAAGGAACCAUAUCCAACUACAGUCAUCAAGCCAGUCGAGCACUUCCUAUCGCACUGGGGAUUAUAUUUUAUUUGAAUGCAAAUGGUGGUACCGUCAAGUUUCACGCCCUGAGAAAUUUAGAGCACAGUGCCUGGAUGGAGCAAUUGUGUAUCCUAUGUGUGAACGGAUCGUUUGAUAAUUGGAAAUGGCAUGAAGGAUCCCAGCUGUGGAAAUGAAAGACCCCUCAACCGACCUGUGAUCUGAGCUCAGUUUUUCCUGGCAUUUCCCGUUUCACUGUGCUUUGUUUGCAGCUUAGCCAAUGUUCUGUCAUGCAAUUUGUCACUGGUUUUUCUUUUUAUUUUUGGAUGAUUGUGUUUACAUUUUAUCUGGUUUUGUAAAUGUGUUUACAUUUUAUCCCUCUGAAUGGUUGUGCUUGCAUUUUAUCCAUUCUAUAUUGAUCUCCCUGUUAUUUCGAUUAAGAAUUGUGUGCUGAAAUAGGCUGGCUUUGGUAGCAUACUGAGACAAGAAUUAAAGCCCGCAGGUAAUUUGAUCAACAGCAA